AUCUGUUAUUAAAUAUUAUUCACACUGUUGCUUUAUCAUGUUUAGUAGUUUGUACAUAUGCUAGAUAAAUACAGUGUGGUUUUAGAUACAAUAUAUAGUUUGGAUAACUUUUUAUGUCUUAUAUCUUCAAAUAAGUGAUAAGGAAUAUGAUAGGACCAAUGCUCAGGAAAUCCCCAUCAUAUUGAGUAGAUCAAUUUCCUAGUCAAGACAGAGCACAAAGCAAGCAUGGCCAAAGAUGAUGACCAGGAGGACCUUUUGUUUGACACUUUGACAACCCAAAAGUGGCGCAAGCGGUUUCUUGCAACAAUAGGGCUUGUGUUCUUGUUGUUGUUGGUUGUUGGAAUGGUGUUCACUGGGAUUUACAUCGGUUACUACAGCAAAGAUAACCCUGAGCCACAGCCGUCAUCACUUCUAUGUCCUGGGCUGCCAGAUGCUUGCGUAUUUCAGUUGGUGGAGAGCAUUCCAGAGAAUCUGACGUACGCAGGGAAGUACCAGCCAUCUCAUGCCUCAACGUUCCAGGGCAUACAGCAGCUUAUUGCCAUGGCAACAGAUACCAUUGAGAUUGCAAGCUUCUACUGGACCAUGACCAACAACGACUUGCCUGUCCAGGACCCCUCGUCAUGGCAGGGUGAGCAACUCUUCAAGGACCUUGUGUUUGCAGGAAGCGUCAAGAAUAUCAAAAUCAGAAUUGUUCAGAGCAAGCCAGAGGGGGGUGGACCUGUCAACGAUACACUGUAUCUCGCGAAAAAUGCGAAUGCUGAUGUACGCACUAUCGACUUUGCUCACCUGUUUGGCAGUGGAAUUCUCCACACUAAGAUGUGGCUUAUUGAUCGCAAGCACUUUUACGUGGGCAGCGCCAACCUGGACUGGAGGUCAUUUACUCAGGUGAAAGAAAUGGGUGCCACCAUCCAGCAGUGUAGUUGCCUAGCAGCGGACAUGGGCAAGAUUUUUGACGCCUACUGGUACCUGGCUGUACCAGACGCUGCGGUUCCCAGCAAGUGGCCUAACAGCUUUAACACAGCAUACAAUGCUGACAAUCCCAUGGUGGUCGACUUCAACGGCAGCAACUAUCAGACAUUUCUGUCCAGUUCUCCACCACCUUUGUGUCCCUCGGGAAGAGAAAAGGACGGUGAUGCAAUUGUAGGGAUUAUAAAUGAGGCUCAACAAUACAUCCAUAUAGCUGUGAUGGACUAUUUUCCAACCACACAGUUCACAAAACCUAGAACCUAUUGGCCAGUUAUUGAUGAUGCCUUAAAGGCUGCUGCCUUCAACAGACGAGUCCAAGUUCGACUUCUAGUCAGUUACUGGAACAACACGUGGAACGAAAUGUUCCUGUACCUGCAUUCCCUACAGGACCUCCAGACAUACAAACCUUUCCUUAAGAUUAACAUUGAUGUGAAACUGUUUGUCGUCCCUGCUUACACUGAUGCUCAAAGAAACAUUCCAUUUUCUCGUGUUAACCACAACAAGUAUAUGGUGACCGAGAAGACUGCAUAUAUUGGCACUUCCAACUGGUCUGGAGACUAUUUCAUUACCACAGGUGGUAUAGGUCUUGCAAUCCAUGGCAGCAGCCUGGGUAACCAUAGCGAUAUUCGACAACAGCUGGAAGACGUCUUUCAAAGGGACUGGUACUCUGAGCACGCAUUCUCCCUUGACCAUUUCAACAACACCAUGUCUUGAUGUAUACCAGCUUUAUAUAAGAUCAAAAUGUAGUGUUCUGUAAAGUUAUAAUAUACCUUUGUUCUUAUAAUUAAGAUGAUUAGUUUAUGAUUUAUUAAGUAUAUGGGCUAUUCAUGAUGUUUUUAUGAUACAAAGUUCUGUUGUUGAAAUGUUGGCUUAUAAUGGUUAUAUUUUUAUGCCCCCAGUAGGGUGGCAUAUAGCAGUUGAACUGUCUGUCAGUCAGUAUGUCAGUGUGUAUGUCAGUGUGUCCGUCGGUCCAGAAAAAAACUUUAAUGUUGGCCAUAACUUUUGCAUUAUUGAAGAUAGAAACUUGAUAUUUGGCAUGCAUGUGUAUCUCAUGAAGCUGCACAUUUUGAGUGGUGGAAGUUCAAGGUCAAGGUCAUCCUUCAAGGUCAAAGGUAAAAAAAAAAUAAUUUCAAAGCUGCCUUCUCAUGAAGCUGCACAUUUUGAGUGGUGGAAGUUCAAGGUCAAGGUCAUCCUUCAAGGUCAAUUUUUUUUUCAAAGCGGCGCAAUAGGGGGCAUUGUGUUUAUGACAAACACAUCUCUUGUUUUACAUUGUAAUAAAGAUUGUAUGUUAAGUAACUGUCUUAGGUGAAUACAUCAGCAUGUAAUUACAUAGGAACAAAUGUACUGAUUAAUGGUGAUUUAUAUAAAUCUUGCGCUUAUUUUCAUAACGUCACAUUUAUAAUAACUUCUAUAUUUAAUCUAUUCAAUUUCAGCUUUUGUUGUUCAAUCAAAGCUUUGUUGUUCUAAGCUUUAUUGAUUGGUAUGUCUUGCCAAAGUUAUUUAAAAUGCAUAUUUGAAGAUAAAUUCAAUAUCAAAGAAAUUAAACUUUAAGUUACUAACCAUUUAUCUGUUGUGCCUUAGAUAUUGCAGGUAUUUAGAAUGAUCAUGAACAUAAGGGCAAUCUUUGAUGAAUAUUUUUAAACGAAUUUCAGUUUUUAAAAAAUGCCAUUGAAGAUAAGAUCAAUAUGUUCUCAGGGAAGUCACUAAUAAGCCUACCUUAGGUGAUUAUAUGUAAAUGUGGCGUGCUCUGUGAAAAACGGGUUUAAUGCAUGAGCGUAAAGUGUCCUCCCAGAUUAGCUUGUGCAGUCCACAAACGCUGAUCAGGGAUGACACUUUCUGCUUUUAUGAUAUUUUGUUUAGGGGGAAAGUGUAGUUCCUGAUUAACAUGUGCAGACUGCACAGGCUAAUCUGGGACGACACUUUACGCACAUGCAUUAAACACCUUUUCACAGAGCACGGCUCAAAUAUAAGAUGUGCUAUUUUGGUGGUCUAUUCAUUGAGUAAAUGUGCUCACCUUUUCUUUUUUCUUGAGGAUUGUGCAAUGUUUGAAUACAGGUCUAUACAUACAAAAGAAUUUAGUGAUCUCAUGUUUUAUAUAUGUCACAUGAUUAUUAAGUUAUAUUCGGUAAUUAUUUAUGCACAUGUGCAUAAUGUACCUAAAUGUUCAAAAUUUAAAUACAUUUUAUAUAAAAUGUUAACAUAUUGCUAUGAUACUGAGACAUUCAAAUUUCAUGGAUGUUAAAAGUGAUGAUAUAAGUUAACUUUCCCUUUGAAGUUACAUACUAAUUUCCACAUAAUAAUAUUAAUGUACAUAUUGAUGUUUGUGUUUCUGUUUAUAUUUGUCUUGUAUUGGGUCUCCAUGCUUGUUGUUAAUAGUGCCAACUAUGCAAUAAUGUAAAUUCAUUUAUUUGUACUUUUCAAAAUAAAAUAUUUCAGUUUCCUUUUA